GACCCCUUCAAUCUGGACACCCUCGUCUUCGCGGCCUACACUGAAAUGGUGAGGGCGCUGUUUGGAGACUGCGCGUGGCGACUGGCCUCUUGGGCGCUCUGUGUCGCGCUGCUGGUCGUCAUGUGGGCCUACGCGGCGCUUGUUGCGGGCACGCUUUCUGCCAUGGUGCCUGUGCCGUACGUGGGGGGGCCGUGCGACAUCUACGACGAGGAAGAUUCGGGGUGCCAGAGGGUAUACCAGGCAUAUCUGCUGGUGUUCGGUUUGGUGGGCGUCGCGCUCUCCUCGUACAGCUUCAAGGAGCAGCGGCACUUUCAGAUUGUCAUGAGCGCUGCCCGGCUUCUGCUGGUGCUCUCCAUCAUCGGCGACUGCGCCCGCAUGCACGUCAUGGGGGAGGCACCUCCACCUCCGGGAGGCGACUCCGUCGGGCACGCGCCAGGCAGAUCGGCAGUACAGAGCUGCUGCCUCAGCCGGCUCACCCGAGGAUGGGGGGUGUUGUUGAUGGGAAACUCGCCGCUGGGCUCGGCGGCGCGACGGUACAUUUCCUAG